AUGGAAACAAGGACCCAAGCAACUUGGGCUUUAUAUAUUGCGUUGUCAGGAGCAGUCUUCUUCUCAUUCAAUAGAAUCUGUUUGAAACGAGCUCAUCAAGCAGUUCAAUAUGCAUCAGAUGCUUUGUUUCAGAACUUCCUCAUUCCCGAUUGUGUUUCCCAUACAAGCAUUCCAACUGCACGAGCGCUGCUCUCUGCCUGUCAUAAACUUGAUGCUGAUCAAUUAUCUGCACUUCGCCAUAUUUUAAGCAUUCAGGGCUCACCACCUUACUUGGCGGCUGGCCGGCUAUGUGUUGAAAGAAAUGCUUUUAGGUCAUCCAAAACUGGAGUGGUUGUUUGUGAAGCAGUGCACCAGUUAUGUCAAAUGUCAACAGAAAAUAGGAUUCUUAUAUGUGCUCAUAAUAACCACUGUUGGGAUGUGCUCAUGAGGAGCUUGUUGAAAGGGAUUCCAGAGUCAGAUAUGUUUCAAGCCAAUGCUGCAUUCCGUGAGAUAGAUGGGGUACCUGAAGACAUCCUCCCAUCAUGCCUUUACAAAGAGCCUGAUUUCUCUUGUCCUCCAACUGAGGAGCUUAAAAAAUUCAGGGUGAUUUUCUCGACUUUCAUGAGUAGCUUUCAGUUACAUGACAAAGGCCUAAAUGCAGGACAUGUCAGUCAUAUUUUUCUGGUGGAUGCUUCGUCUGCUAUCGACCCAGAAACAGUGGUGGCCCUGACUAAUUUUGCUGACAAGAAUACUACUGUUAUAGUUACUGGUGAACGGGGAAACCGUUCACAUUGGGUUCGAGCUGACAUUGCAAGGGAAAAGGGGCUGAAGAUUUCAUACUUUGAAAGACUUUUCAAGUCAAUGCCAUAUAGAAGCCUCAGUCCAAUGUUCAUCACACAAUUGGAUCUGCAUAGCAAGAGUCAGACGACACCCAAAGGCUAUAACUAG